AUGAUCUCUAAGAUUUUGUGCCUCGCAGCUGUCGUCGCUUCUGUGACCGCUCAGUACGCCCACUCGUCGCAAUACAUCCACCGCCACGACGGCCACGCCCAGCCCGUGGUCAUCCAUGGUCACGGUCACGAGCAUGGUCAUGUCGUUGACUAUCACACCCAUCCCAAAUUCGAGUUCGCGUACAAGGUAGACGACCACCACACUGGUGACCACAAGUCGCAGCAUGAGCACCGCGAUGGAGACGUGGUCAAGGGAGAAUACACUCUGCAACAGCCUGACGGCUCCAUUAGGCAUGUUGAGUACCAUGGCGACCAUCACACUGGGUAA